AGGGACCAGAGGUUACAAGAGGAGGAUGUCGUUGAGAUAAUUAAAAGUCAACACUUCGGUAUUAAAGUUGAUUUUGGACUCUAACAGCUCAGGCUUGGAAAAAUUCUUGACCAAGUUUACAUGUUGUUUUUGUCAACACACCGGCAGAGGUGCUGAAAAUAGGAGUUUCAAGGUUAUAUUGGGAAAACGAAGGAAUCGAACAAGUUCAAAGAAUGUGUGCCAGUUAAGAGUUCUUAAAACCAUGACAUUUUUAUCUUUUAUCUCGGACCACUUGCUGCUUUGUGUCUUCCUGAGUCUACUUUGGGGUAUAACUGACUCCGCUGCAACAAAUACAGCAACCGUGACACAAAGAGAAACAACCGCAACACAAAAAACUAUUCUACUAACAUCUACAACACAAAGCAGCACGUCACUGUCGCCUACAACAACUAAAUCCCCUCCAGAAAAUGUUCAGAAUGUGAUUGUGACGACGCAAAAUGAGACCAGCAUAACCCUGCAGUGGACAAAAGUCUCCAACAUUAACACAUAUACACUUGAGUUUAAUGGCAGAAAGAUCAAGGUUACUGCUUCUGCAGGAAAUGUCACAUACACAGUCUUAAACCUGACUGAUGGAACCAGAUACAAUUUCAGUCUCUUCACUGUGUCUGCAAAUGUCAGAAGCAGUGGAGUAAACUACAUUGCAGUAACAGCUCCACGAAGAGUUAAUGCUGUGACUGUGGUGAAACAAAAUGAGACGAGUGUAACACUGAAGUGGAACAAAGUUAACAACAUAUCCGAAUACUUCCUGCAGUAUAAUUACAACGGCAGUGUCAUAAAGAAGAAUAUCAGUGUUUCUCAAGAGGGACCUGUUAAAUAUGUGGUCUCUCCUCUGACUGCUGGGACAAACUACAGCUUCACUCUCUUCACUGUGUUUGAGGGAGUCAACAGCAGUGGAUACAAAUUUACUGCUGUGACAGCUCCUUAUGACGCUAGAGAAUUCAGAUCAAUCGCUCAAAAUGAGACCAGCAUAACCCUGCAGUGGGAAAAAGUACCCAAUUUCAACAUGUAUACCCUUGUGUUUAAUGAAAAAGAGAUCAACAUCACUUCUGUGGAAGUUGUGACAUACUCGGUUGGAAAUCUGAAAAGUGGUACCAAAUACAACUUCAGUCUCUUCACUGUAUUUGAAAAUGUCAGAAGCAAUGGAGUAAACCACAUUGCAGUAACAGCUCCAGGAAGAGUUACUGCUGUGACUGUAGUGAGACAAAAUGAGACGAAUGUAACACUGAAGUGGGACAAAGUUAACAACAUAUCCGAAUACUUCCUGCAGUAUAAUUACAACGGCGGUGUCAUAAAGAAGAAUAUCAGUGUUUCUCAAGAUGGACCUGUUGAAUAUGUGGUCUCUCCUCUGACUGCUGGGACAAACUACAGCUUCACUCUCUUCACUGUGUUUGAGGGAGUCAACAGCAGUGGAUACACACUCAGUGCUGUAACAGUGCCAAAAAAUGUUCAUAAUGUCAUUGUAAAGGCACAGAAUGAAACGAGUAUAAUCCUGCAGUGGGACAAAGUUAACAACACAUCAACAUACAUCCUGCAGUAUAAUUACAACGGCAAUGUCAUAAAGAAGAAUAUCAGUGUUUCUCAAGACGGACCUGUUGAAUAUGUGGUCUCUCCUCUGACUGCUGGGACGAACUACAUCUUCACUCUGUUCACUGUGCUUGGGGGAGUCAGCAGCAGUAGAUACAUACUCAGUGCUGUGACAGCUCCAGAAAAUGUUCAGAAUGUCAUUGUGAAGACACAGACUGAGACGAGUAUAAGCCUGCAGUGGGACAAAGUUAACAACAUAUCAACAUACAUCCUGCAGUAUAAUUACAACGGCAGUGUCAUAGAGAAGAAUAUCAGUGUUUCUCAAGAGGGACCUGCUGAAUAUGUGGUCUCUCCUCUGACUGCUGGGACAAUCUACAGCUUCACUCUCUUCACUGUGUUUGAGGGAGUCAGCAGCAGUGGAUACAGAUUCAGUGCUGUGACAGCUCCAGAAAAUGUUCAGAAUGUAAUUGUGAAGACACAGACUGAGACGAGUAUAAGCCUGCAGUGGGACAAAGUUAACAAAAUAUCAACAUACAUCCUGCAGUAUAAUUACGACGGCAGUGUCAUAGAGAAGAAUAUCAGUGUUUCUCAAGAGGGACCUGCUGAAUAUGUGGUCUCUCCUCUGACUGCUGGGACAAUCUACAGCUUCACUCUCUUCACUGUGUUUGAGGGAGUCAACAGCAGUGGAUACAGAUUUACUGCUGUGACAGCUCCUUAUGACGCUAGAGAAUUCAGAUCAAUCGCUCAAAAUGAGACCAGCAUAACCCUGCAGUGGGAAAAAGUCCCCAAUGUCGACAUGUAUACCCUUGUGUUUAAUGAAAAAGAGAUCAACAUCACUUCUGUGGAAGUUGUGACAUACUCGGUUGGAAAUCUGAAAAGUGGUACCAAAUACAACUUCAGUCUCUUCACUGUAUUUGAAAAUGUCAGAAGCAAUGGAGUAAACCACAUUGCAGUAACAGCUCCAGGAAGAGUUACUGCUGUGAAUGAGGUGAGACAAAAUGAGACGAGUAUAAGCCUGAAGUGGGACAAAGUUGACAACAUCUCAGAAUACUUCCUGCAGUAUGAUGACAACGGCAGUGUCAUAAAGAAGAAUAUCAGUGUUUCUCAAGAGGGACCUGUGGAAUAUGUGGUCUCUCCUCUGACUGCUGGGACAAUCUACAGCUUCACUCUCUUCACUGUGUUUGAGGGGGUCAGCAGCACUGGAUACACAUUUACCGCUGUGACAGUUCCGCUGAUGGUGUCUUCUGUCAGUGUGACUGAACGCCUUGCUAACAGCAUAACUCUAAAGUGGGAGAACAUGAAUGUAGCCUGGGAAUACUUACUUCAAAUCAGUAGCAGUGUGUCAUAUUUUAAAAACGCCUCAAAUAUAGUUACAAAAGUUACAUCGCUUAAGCCUGGAACAGAGUAUCAUUUCAACUUGACCACAAUGUUCUCUGGACUCAACAGCACUACUUACAGCAAUUUCACAGUAACAGCCAUCGACUGUGCCAGUGCAAACUGGACGGUUACUAACUCAUCAAUCAAAGGAAAAAUUGAAGGGUUGUUCUCAAAUGCAACAGCGAGUAACGGAUCUCAAAUGUCUGUCAGUCCGAAAGGUGAAAAUGUGUCAUUUACUGGUCUUUACCCUGGAGCAACCUAUGAAAUAUUGCUUGUCUAUGAAAAAUCUUCCAGAAAUUUCCUACAGUGUCACCACAAAUUAACAGUCCUUCCUCCUAAUCUAAAUGCUCACUGUAAGUACUGGGCAGCUGGAUAUUCUGUCCUCAUUGCCUGGCAUGAAACAGAUGGCGAAUGGACUGCUGUGGAGGUGAAUGUGGCUGAGAAGAGUCUCACAAAAAAUAGAUCUGAAAAGGAGGUCAUAAUAGCUGGAUUCCAACCUGCCAAAAAAUAUAAAGUGUCUGUAACAUCACUGUCUGGGCCUAACAGGACAGUAAGGAGUUCUGAACCACAUGUUUUUUACUGUGAGACUGAUCCAAGGGGAGUCAUUGCAGGGUCAGUAUUUGCUGUGCUGCUUUUUGGUCUCCUCGUCGCUUUGGUUGUCUUCAUUUUCCUCAAAAGACCACAUAUUAUCAGCAGAAAGAAGUCGUUCAUUGGUGGAUCCAAAGUAACUAACGCAAUGAGCAAAGCUAUUUCUGCUGCAGUGUUUCCUGACCACUUCCGUCAGUUAUGUUUAGAUGACAACAGAGGCUUCAGCGAUGAAUAUGAGGGCCUCGCUCCUGUUGGAACAGAACAGACACGAAAGACUGCUCUCCUACCUGAAAACAAAGCAAAGAAUCGUUUCACUAACGUCCUGCCAUACGACUGGUGCCGGGUGAAGCUAACUACACUAGACCCCAAUGGGACUUCAGACUACAUCAAUGCCAAUUAUAUGCCAGGCUACAACAGUAAUAGAGAAUAUAUUGCCACCCAAGGUCCUCUGCCCUCUACUGUUAAUGAUUUCUGGAGAAUGAUUUGGGAACAAAGAGUUAAGAGGAUCGUAAUGGUAACCAACUGCACGGAAGGAGGAAGGACUAAGUGUGAACAAUACUGGCCUGCAGACAGAAACCCAUGCCCUUAUAAAGAGCUGCAGGUCACCAUCAGAUCCGAGCAACAUGAGCCCAACUGGACACUGAGGGAAUUCAGUCUGAAAGAUAGAAAAACCUCAGAAGAACGUACAGUUAAACAUUUCCACUUUACCGUCUGGCCUGACCAUGGAGUCCCACAGGGGACAGAAGUCCUGAUCCAGUUCAGAGGCCUGGUGAGACAGCACAUAGAGAGAGAAGGGGGCAAUGCGCCAACAGUGGUUCACUGCAGUGCUGGAGUCGGGAGAACUGGCACUAUAAUAGCCUUGGAUGUGCUGCUUCAGCAGCUGGAGCGAGAGCAUGCAGUUGGCAUCAAUGCUUUUGUGCACAAGAUGAGACUGAACCGGCCGUACAUGGUGCAGACGGAGUCCCAGUACGUUUUCCUGCACCAGUGCAUCAUGGACAGUCUGCAACCAAAAGAGAUGAAUGAAGAGAACGUGUACGAGAACGCAGAUAUGAUAUACGUCAAUGCCACUGCCCUCCAAGAGCUGCGUCGGCAGAAUGCAAAUGCCUAGUGUCACCACUGCUCUUAGUAUUUUAUGCACUUAGGGAAAAAACAAUUAUGUCUGUAAGCAAUAUUUUUGUAUAAAUAUAAUAAUACAAGGGAUUGCAUCUUAACUAUUUACAGUAUAUACAAUGCACAUGAGGUUUUAUUUACCAUUUGCACGUUAUCUUUGAAAUGUGUAAUAUUAUUGUUUUCAUGUGCAGAAGUAGUACUCCUGAUGACUUGAGAAUGUUUGAAAAUUACAUUUAUUAAUAAUACGCAGGUAGAAUUUAUAAAUAUUUUUCAUUCACAAAAAUAUAAAAACUGUUUUUUUUUUU